AUGGAUCACGGUCGGUUGCUUGCCGACUUCGACGACGACGAGGUCCCGCCGGAAGAGGCGAUCGAGACCGACGCGGACAGGAGGGCUGGGGGACCACGCCCGGCAAAGAUUCAUCGGGCUUCCAAAGUGCCAUCUCCUGCUACUGUCCUGGUGCUGCAUGGCGCGCUGACCAGCUUAUCUCGCGUAGCCUGUAUCCAAUGUCGUGGUCGCAAGCAGAAGUGCUCGGGACCUGGCGGUGGCAGCAGCGCCGGCCUCUCGGCAUCGGCACCGGAAGACCAAGCUCGACGACCCUGUCGGCGAUGCGCGGAGUCGGCCGUUCAGUGCUCUUUCACCACCGACACCAAUGACCAGGGAUUCGAUGAUGCAGAUGCUGCCAGCCGAAACGCCCGCAAGCUUGAUCGAAUGCAGAAGCAGAUUAAUGAGCAGAACGAUCGCAUUAACCAACUGGAAACCACCGUGCGCAAUCUCAGUACUACCACAACUAUCGUCGCACAGGGGGGCAAAACUCCAGGUUCGUGCACAAGUGGGACGGAUAUCACGAACCCGCGUCUACCGCAAACGAUGAUCGGCACUCGUAGAUCGAAUGACGAGGUCAACGAAUUAGCAAUACCUCCUCUUUCAAAGCGGGCAAGGAUCCGUAAGGACGGAGUGUUCGCCAGCGGGCCCGCGAUGCUCCAGGAUGUUGGUCCAGGGCGCCGAAGUGAUGCUCAGGGUGUAGUGGACUUUGGUACACCGAUGUCGAUGCUCCGUCACUUGCGCCAUGACAACAGUGACAUGAGCAUGGAGAACGAGGCACUAGAUCCGACAAUGUGUGGUGUCAUGUCAACGGAUCAGGCCCAAGAAAGCUUCGACACAUUCUUCAAUCACUGCCACAGAUGGGCUCCGCUGCUCUGCCCACAAACCCAGACCUCGGCGGCCGCCAUCCGGCGAGCCUGCCCGACGCUGUUUAUAUCCGUCUGCUGCAUAGGAUAUCGCUUCACCAACACGUCUACCCCCGAUGCGCAACGUCGGUACAUGGCUCUCGUCUCGCUUCUUGACCACUCUCUGAGCCGUCUCCUGCUGAGGCCAAAUCUGGCCGACGUGAAUCUAGACCAUAUCCGCGCAAUACUCCUGUAUAUACAGUGGAUGCCCAUUGAUAAUAUUAGCAACCCUACGCGGUCGAUCAGAUAUAAUGCCAUCUCGGCAUGGAGCAUGCUGGGCCUGGCUAUCCGCUAUGCCCUUUUUCUCGGGCUGCACCAGAAUGCUGUACUCCCUUUCAACUCGAACGAUGGUUCAAAGCCAACACUGGAGGAUGUAGGCCGGUUGCGUGUCUGGAUCAAUUUACUCACUUGCGAUGCUGCCUUGACACUUUCAAGCGGUCUCCCAGCGACACUGAACCCAGAUCCGGUGGUGGCCGUUGCUGAUUGCUUCAGGUCACACCGCAGCGCAAGUCAUCCUGACGACACGAGGAGUUCGGCGACAUGCGAACUAGUCUCUAUUCUCAAACGAGCCGUAAGGCGCAGUGGAAGCCCCAAUGCGCGCUCCCUGGAUGCCGCCUGCUUGCAACAGGUGAAUCUGGAACUGGAUACAUUUGAGGCGGACUGGAACCCCGCCAUUGGCGACCAAAUUCAGCACUACCAAAUGCCUUUCACGACUUUGCGAUCUUAUCGUCUUUCCAUCAACAGCGCCUGUCUUACGCCGUU